AUGGCUGUACUUACACCUUUUUUUUGUGGCUCAUUCAUUUCCAGGUCCAUCACCAGAGCGUACUACAGGAACUCGGUUGGCGGACUCCUCCUCUUUGACAUUACAAACCGCAGGUCCUUCCAGAAUGUCCACGAGUGGCUAGAGGAGACCAAGGUGCACGUCCAGCCGUACCAGAUCGUCUUUGUUUUGGUAGGUCACAAGUGUGACCUUGACACACAGCGGCAAGUCACCAGGCACGAGGCUGAGAAACUGGCUGCUGCAUAUGGUAUGAAGUACAUUGAGACCUCAGCUCGGGAUGCCAUUAAUGUGGAGAAGGCCUUCACUGAUCUGACUCGAGAUAUAUACGAGCUUGUUAAAAGGGGGGAAAUUUCAAUCCAGGAGGGAUGGGAAGGGGUAAAGAGUGGGUUUGUCCCAAACGUAGUGCACUCUUCAGAAGAAGUGGUGAAAUCAGAUAGGCGAUGCUUGUGCUGAGCUCUUCUAGUGAGGCGAGUGGUGAUGAACUCUACUAACCAAACGUACUUUACUAAGUGAACUCAGUGUGACAGAAGGGAGAGCAACGCUCCCGUUGUGAACAGCCUCCCACGUUGUUUUGGACACCAGAACAGACCCCGGAAAGAAAUGUUCUGUUCCAAAUAACCUUUCAGAACUGGGGGCUACAAACCUAAAGGAGAGUGAGUGAGGGUGCAUGUAGAUGUUGUGAGGAGCCAGGCAGCAGAAAUGAAGGGUUGCACAAGACAGGAGAGAGUAUAUAAAAAGAGCUGAAUGGGCUGGCACACACCAGGGUACUGUACACGUCCUCUUUUAAGUAAAUCCAUAGCUCCAUGCUGGGUAGUGAAGCCACAGUAUGGAUACUUCAGUAGUAUGACAAAUGGGCAGACAGAGAGAAAGAAAGAGGACAUCUUUCUUUGUGCCAGUGGUUUAUUACAAGGAAGGUGUCAAGGCAGCACAGAUACUGUUUCCUCAUGAGGCCAACUCCACAGGAAAAGUUUACUGACAUGGUAUGAACACUUCUGAAUUUUCUUUCUUAUGUUCUUGAACCUAAUUCAACAGCAAAGAAUAUUCUGUGGGAUAUAAAGAGGAAAACAGUAGUUACUUGUUUGGUAAUUAAAAUUUAAAUUCCCACCCAACACCCCCCACCCCCCCAAGUAGUGCUUUUCUUGCUGUGCUGUACUGGGCUUCUAAGUGGCAACUCCUGUUCCAGUAAUUAUUCAAUGCAUUUUUACGCAUUUACUGCCUAGGUGAGUACCUUGAAUGUACUCUGAGUUCAGGGCUUUCCAAAAGAAUUGUGAUCAAGAGCAUAAAGAUAGAACCAUGUCCUCAUAUGUUAUAUCUUAAGGCUGGGGUGUUGCAGCCAGGUGAGACACACCAACAUUUCUGUCUUGCUAACAGCACUGUGCUGACCUUCUGGGUGUCUUACCAGGCAGGUCACAAGGACGAAUGGAAAGGAGGGGAAAAAUAUAAAAAUAAAAAAACCCAACAAACCGACAAAAUAAAAAAAAAACUUGAAAAGCUUAACUCAGGUGCAUCAGACAUCCUAAAAGGUGAGAUUUGCUUUUAAAGAAGUUAAAUAGCAUGGAAAGCAACAGCUUCCAUCAGUACUCUCUGCUGUUAAAGUGUCAUUUUCUUUCUUUGGCAUCUGUGGAGAGCUAACACUGGGAAGGAGGAGCACACAACAGAAGUGUCUGAGCGGGUGGAAAGGAAAGCCACAAGACAAGCUCAAGAAUAAAAUUUGUUUUCCUCCAUGUUUUAAUUUGACAAAAGAAGAUCCAUCUCAGGUUGGUCAUCACAGGGUGGCAGCCAUGUUCCAAAAGCUCUGUGUUGGUGGAGGUUUUCUGGGAAUGCCAUUCACCACUUAGGAGCUUUGCUUCUACUAAGUUUUAACUUAAGCUUUUGAAGUACAGCAGGGUAAUGGUGCUCCUGUAGCAAACUAGGGAAGUUCAGCCUAUUAAAAGCAAACAAACAAACUAUAGUAACUUCUUUUUUACUCAAGUUUGCAAGCUUUAUACACCAAACUGCUAAUGGGCAGGAGGGAGGGAUUAGUUAAAAAACACAGGACGCAUCUAGUGUAUGAUUUUAGGCCUCUAAGUAGAGAAGAAUAAAAUACUUCUUGGAGCUUUUUAAACUACCCCAUCUAUAAAAGUGUGGGUCUUCUUGAUUGCUGUUGAGUUCAGACUAUUUUCUCCUUUGAACCUGUUCUCACGGUUUGCAGCACAUGGGCAAGUCUCCAUGAGGAAAAAAAACCCCGUGGUUUCUGUGUUAAAGCUGUGAAAAGAAAAACAACCAACAAACCCAACCCAACAACCAAAACCCUAGAAAUGAGUAACAUUUUUAUCUUCAGUGUUCUAGGAACAGCGUCAGUUCCUGAGCCCUGCAGGGGGCCAGCAGUGUUUGUGCCUACUGGGGGGUCACUGGGAGCAAAUCAGUGGAAGGGAGGGCAGCAGGGGCCUGGCACCUUCCAGUGAGCUUGUCAUUGCCAACCCCCCAUCGCUCUUGUGUAGGCUGUAAACAUACCAGGAAACUUGUCCUAAAGCCCAGGGAAUUCCAGGCAGAUUCAGUUGUGGUCGAGUACCCUGAAGAUACUAAAAAAAAAAAAAAAAAAAAAUCCCUUUACAAAAUCUCUUUCUAGGUAAGCAAAGCUGGAGAAGAUUGAUGCAGCGAGCGCCACAGGAGCUUGGCUGCCGUGGGCUCUCGUGGGCUGACGCCAGUGGAGAGCGGGAGGUUUGCUCGGACCAGGUCUGUUAGACACAUUCUCAAAGGCAAGGACAAAGUACGAAAGGGUCAGGUUCUUCCUUCUCUGAACGGAAAGUUCGCCAGGCAGACACCUUGGGCUUCCAGGGUGGGGCUGGCCAGGAGGCAUGUCUUGGGCUGCAGAGCUGGGGCAGCAGAGUGGGAGCGCUACUCCAGCAGCAGGCAGAAGCUGGCUCAAACGGCCUUCGAGCAGCAGUAAGAUUCUGUAAUUCUCUGUGCAGAAACCUGGACAGCAGGGGAAAGAUUACUUUUCACAACACAACCAAUAUUGUACUUAACGGGUUUUGGGCAUUCCCCUUUACUGCUCCCUGAGAGAAUUUCCAGAAAGCCUCAAUCAGUAAGUGCAUUCAGACCUUCAUAGUCAAUUUUCAAUUUAAAAAUACAAGUGUCAUAAUUCUAAAGAGGAACAGUACAGGAGGAAGUGUACACAGUCUUAACUACUUAGAGGUAAUAAAUGGUUAUAUUAAAUGAUAGAGAAACCAUUAUCUACAUCUUUUUCUAAUUCCUUGCAUUUUCUAGACAGCUUAUUAAAAUAUAGGAAAUGUAGAUUCAUCUGUACAAAAUUUGGAAUGUUUUUUCUAAGAUGAAGAACUUAUAGGAUAUGCUAAGAAUUCUUUUCUAACAACUGGUUUUAAUGCUUUGACUUCUAGUGCAAGAGGGACUUAGAGAAAUCAGAAGGUGAUACCUUUCACAGGAUAAAGGUCAGGAGCUCUUUUACUCUAGGACUAAAAGAAGAAAAAAAAUAAAAGAAAAAGCUAACUGUGGUCUCUUCCACAUGUUAAAAACAAUCUGCAUGUUAGAUUGAAAUUGCUCAGACCCUCCAGAAUAAAAGCAUACUAUACACUUUCCUCGCUUUCUGUUAUGCUCUGUAAUGAAAUGUGAAAAUAAUGCUGUAUUUAGCUGUCUGUAUGUGACUGAAAAUAUGCUUGUAUUUAGCAAAAUGGUUACUAUGUGAUAAUGUGAAAUCCAAAACUUGUAAA